CUCAACAUCAUCACCCUUUCUCCAAAUUGAAACUGAAAUUGAAAUUGAAAUUGAAAUUAGGGGUUUAGCAAAAUGGCGGGAAAAUCCGAUGCAGCAGCAAAGAAAGGCGGUAGAGGCAAACCAAAGGCUUCAAAGUCCGUUUCAAGAUCUUCGAAAGCCGGUCUUCAGUUCCCCGUCGGUAGAAUCGCUAGGUUUCUAAAGGCUGGACGUUAUGCACAACGUGUCGGCGCCGGAGCUCCGGUCUACCUCUCCGCCGUUCUCGAGUAUCUGGCCGCUGAGGUGUUGGAGUUGGCUGGGAAUGCAGCGAGGGACAACAAGAAGAGCAGAGUCGUUCCAAGGCACAUACAGUUAGCGGUGAGGAACGAUGAAGAAUUGAGUAAACUGUUGGGAUCAGUGACUAUUGCAAAUGGUGGUGUUCUUCCCAACAUUCAUUCCACUCUGCUUCCUAAGAAAGCAGGGAAGGACAAGGGAGAGAUCGGUUCUGCUUCUCAAGAGUUCUAAGUAAUAUGGAUAUAUUGUUUCAUGUAUGAUAUGGUUUUUGGAAUAGAGUGUUGGUGUUUGGGGUUGUAGGAUGAAUGCAUUUUUAUUAUAAUAGUUCUUUUUUUUUGUUUGCAAA